CCUCAACACCACCCUCAUCAAGCUAGGAUAUUGACCAACCUUGGAACCCGGCUCAGUACAAGAUUCAAACAGACCGGCUCGGUGGACAAUCUUAACCGUGCUGUCAAGGUUGCGGAAAUGGCAGUAGACGCUACACCUCAAAACCAUCCAGAUCGAGCUAGGUGGCUAAGCAACCUUGGAAAUUUGCUCUGCAAACGAUUCCAACGGACCGGCUCGAUAGACGAUCUCAACCGUGCCGUCGGGGUAGGGAACAUGACAGUGGACGCCACAAGAUCACCCUGA